AUGGCGGAUGAGGCAAGCACGCGAGAUGAGGUGGCGCCUCCUCUGUCCGCAGACACUUCAGCUCCCGAUGCUGUUGUAGAGCCCCAAGUCGAGGUAUCGGAAGGCGCCAACAGUAGCAAUGGUGUUCAGGAUGGAGCUGUUUCCGAGGAUCCAGUCGCGACUUCCGGCACAAGCGCGACGGAAGAAAUCAAAGAUAGCGACGCCGAAGUUAAUACCGAGAAAAUGGACGAACAAACAAUCCCCGAUCGUUCAGUGCACAAUGAGCCACCCACGUCCACUGCUCCCGAGGGCGACGAUACAGAAUUGAAGGAUGGCGAAGAUUCAGAGGGUGUGGCCCCGACAGCCGAUGAGUCUGCGGAGCCGGCAGAUGCUGCUGGAACCCCAGCUUCAGCCAGCAAAUCGAAGGGCCGACGCAAGUCUGGCGUGCCGGAACACAAGAAGAAAUUAAACAAAAAGCAAUCCAAAGCGAAGUUGACACACACGGAUGCGCAACCCGGCGACUACUUUUAUGUGAGAUUGAAGGGCUAUCCUUUGUGGCCUGCAAUUGUUUGUGACGAGGACAUGCUUCCCAGCACCCUCAUCAAGUCUCGCCCAGUUACGGCAAUGAGAGCAGAUGGUACAUACAGGAGUGAUUACGAGGACGGUGGCUCUAAGGCCAAGGACAGAACAUUUCCCGUUAUGUAUCUGUUCACAAAUGAGUUUGGCUGGAUACCUAAUUACGACCUCCUUGAUAUUGAUCUAGACACAGUUGGAGACGUUCCUAAUAACAUGCGCAAAGAUUUGUACGCCGCGCAUCAGCUUGCUGCCGAGAAAAACGAUUUGGAUUAUUUUAAGUCUGUCUUGACAGAUUUCAUGGAGCAGAAGAGGGCUGACGAGGAAGCCAAAGAGGCUGCUAAGGCAGCCAAGAAGGCGAAGAAGGAAAAGAAAGAAAAGACGCCGAAGGUUGUUCCGACCUCGGACGAUAAUGAAGAUACAGAGAUGAUGGAUGUCAGUGCUAUUCCCGAUGACGAUGAGGCCGAAGCACCAAAAUCGAAUAAGAAGAAGCGCAAGAACCCUCCACCGAAUUCUGAAGCAGAAAUUCAGCAGCCUGACUCUGCCCCAAAGAAGCCUCGCAUCAAAUUGAACAAUACUCCAAAGGCUGCAAAUGGAACAUCUACAUCUACCCCGAAGGCCGCUAAGGAGCCAAAGGAGCCCAAAUCCGUUAAGGAGAAAAGUAAGCCAAAAAAAGCUGCUGCGAAGCCUAAAGACGCCGCCCUUGUUGCUCCACCGGAACCAGAACUCACCCCCGAGGAAAAGAGAAUUAAGAAAGAGAAAGAAAUCUUGUUUUUGAGACACAAGCUUCAAAAAGGUCUCCUGACCAAAGACCAGGAGCCUAAGGCGGAUGAGAUGCAGCAGAUGUCUGAGUACGUGAACAAACUCGAAGGUUAUGCCGAUUUAGAGGUCAGCAUCAUCAGAGUAACCAAAAUCAACAAAGUUCUCAAGGCCAUCUUGAAGCUUCCUGUCAUCCCUAAAGAAGACCAGUUUCAAUUCAAAUUGAGGUCUCAGACCUUACUUGAUAAAUGGAACAGGCUUCUUGCCAGCGAACAGGUUGUACCAGCUACUACCGAGCCGCCUGCCACCGGUUCCAGGGACGAGAGCAAGGAAAAAGAUGAACCAAAAACAGACAUCGUGACAGAAAAUGGCAUCGUCGCCGAGCACGAUGAGAAUAAGGCGGAGGAAAAAUCACCGGCCCUUGAGACACCCCUUACUGCGCUACCCAAAGAAGAGGUGGUGAGCAAUGACGACCCCACUCCCACAGCGGAAGAAUCUCCAAAGGAAGCGGAAGUUACCACCGUUCAAUCAGAAGCAUAA